UCGUCUGUCGUGGUGGAAAGUUUGAACGAACUAUAACGACCCCAUUUCUAAGUAAGUAACACGUGUAGUAAGGCGGUCACAUAAACGAAUAUCAAAAUAGGUAUUAGUAUUCAGCAGGUUAUCGCCGGUACCAUUCUAACCAGGCAUUCAGUCAGAUAGUAGCCUACACGCUAACAUUAGCUAGCUAAUUGAACUGCAUCUGUCUAGCUCUGAGCACGCGAGUAUUGUUUACUUUUCGCAUGAUAUUGGUGUUUGUACCUAACGUUAGCCUUUUCAAGUUAAUAUAAAAAGGUAGAAGGAAACACCCCUCUUCAUCAACGCAUUUGUAGCUUCUCAACAUGUAUGCCAUGGUGACUGAGGGCCCAGAGAAGACUGGUGAGGAGGGAGUGGGGGCUGGCGGCGGGGGGACGAGGUUUGACCUGGAGAAGGAGACCGAGCUGCGGUUCGAGGUGGAGGCCGGGGAGAAGGUGCAUCUGGAGCUGCUCACAGGAUUGGCAGAGGUCUUCGGCUCUGAGCUCAACCGCAACAAGAAGUACACGUUUGGACCAGGUUCCAAGAUUGCUGUGUUCACCUGGCAGGGCUGUAGUGUUUCUCUCUCGGGGAAGACAGAGGUGGCAUACAUAUCAAAGGACACACCUAUGCUGCUCUACCUGAAUGCACACACUGCACUGGAACAGAUGAGACGACAGGCGGAGAGAGACAACGAGAGGGGACCACGGGUAAUGGUGGUGGGGCCUACAGAUGUGGGGAAGUCGACGGUGUGCAGGCUGUUGCUGAGCUACGCUGUCAGGCUGGGCAGGAGGCCCACACUGGUGGAGCUGGAUGUGGGCCAGAGUGGGGUGUCAGUCCCGGGCACAAUGUCAGCGCUGUGUAUUGAGCGUCCGGCUGACGUGGAGGAGGGGUACUCCGUACAGGCUCCGCUGGUCUACCACUUUGGUUCCACCACUCCAGGAACCAACAUCAAACUCUACAACAAGUUGACGUCGUGUCUAGCCGAAGUGUUCUCCCUGCGCUGUGAGGAAAACAGGAAGGCCAGUGUGGGCGGCUGCAUCAUCAACACCUGUGGCUGGGUGAAGGGUUCUGGCUACCAGGCCCUGGUCCACUGUGCCUCAGCCUUCCAGGUGGAUGUGGUUCUGGUGCUGGACCAGGAGAGGCUUUACAACGAGUUGAAGCGGGACCUACCGCACUUCGUCCGAGUCGUGCUGCUACCCAAAUCCGGAGGGGUCGUGGAGCGCUCCAAAGACUGCAGGCGUGUAUCUCGGGACGAGAAGAUCCGGGAGUACUUCUACGGUUUUCGCAGUGUCUCGUUCUUCCCUCACGCUUUCGACGUGCGCUUUUCUGAUGUGCGCAUCUACAAGAUCGGAGCGCCUUCCAUCCCGGACUCAUGCCUGCCUCUUGGCAUGUCGCAGGAUGACACCCAGCUGAAGCUAGUUCCUGUGACGCCCGGUCGUGACCUCACACACCACGUGCUGAGCGUAAGCUGUGCCGAUGAGGGGGAGGAGAGGGCUGGAGGGUUGCGCAGGGGUGUGCUGGAGAGCCCGGUGUGUGGGUUCAUUGUGGUGACUAAUGUGGACACACAGGCACAGGUGAUGACCGUGCUCUCGCCCGCCCCCAGACCCCUCCCCAGACACACACUGCUCAUCAUGGACAUUCGCUUCAUCGACCUCAAAUAGAGGAGGAGAGAGGGAAAACGCAAUGGGAAGACAGAGAAAUGCUGAAUGGCUGAAAUCCCUGAUGGCUUCGUCAAGAGGAGUUUAAUUUCAUUGGCACCGAGUUUGGGGCAGCAGAGCAGUAUAUGUUCUGACAAUAUUUGGUUUCACGCUCAACUGAUGAGAGAGAGAAGACGGCACAAGUGUUGGGCAGAGAGCGAGGAUAAUGGAGGCGAGAGGGGGUUAGAGUCUGUGGAGCGGAAUGGCGCAGCGGGAGGAGGAAAAUGUCUGUAAAUAUUUUUCAAUUCAACUUUUAUCAAUUGCAAUGUACAGAAACUGGUGAGUGUUUUUCUAAAUGUUCUCUCGAGUUGUUUUCCACACGAGACUUGUUUGGUUAUGAAUGUUUUUUAUUGUGAUUUUAAUAAAAUGUGCCUCUGUUGCAUCUUA